AUGUCUGCCCCAUGUCAUUGUGCCCACGCCAACCAAGACCUGGCCGUGUCUAAGCCAGGCUCUCAAUCGAACGUACCUGAAUACUCGGACCCCAACCACCCGGCUAAUCUCAUUUGCGAGUUGUGCCGCUUAUUUUAUGAUAAUAAUUGGGUUACUGGUACAGGAGGAGGGAUCUCUAUCCGCGACGUCGAUGGCCCUGACCCCAAUAUCGUCUACAUUGCUCCUCUGGGAGUUCAAAAGGAGCGUAUUCGGCCGUGGGAGAUGUUUGUGGUGAGCUUGCCGGAUGAAAAGCUUCUUCAAUCGCCUAAUGACUGUCCUCCUGAGUUGACGAAACUGUACAAGUACAAGCCUCUGGCGUGUACCCCGUUGUUCAUGAGCUGUUAUACCAUGAGAGACGCUGGUGCUUGUAUUCACACUCACUCCCAAAGUGCAGUGAUGGUGACAUUGUUGUCGCAAGCCACGUUCGAAAUCUCACACAUUGAGCAAAUUAAAGCUUUGCCAAAGUUAGAGGUCAACGAAGAGGGUAAAGUGGUCAAGGUGGGGUCGAUGCAGUACUAUGAUACCCUUGUUAUUCCUAUCAUCGACAAUACGCCUCAUGAAGAGGACUUGACUGAUUCGUUACAGGAAGCCAUUCGCAACUACCCCGGAACAUCAGCAGUUUUGGUCCGUCGUCAUGGUAUCUAUGUGUGGGGUGAAACUGUGUGGAAGGCUAAAGUUUAUAACGAAGCCAUUGACUAUUUGUUAGAGUUGGCGGUAAAGAUGCACGCCGCGGGAAUCCCCUGGGUGAAGAAAUAG